AUGGCGGGCGUGCAAGCAUCGGCGGUGCUCCGGGCCGGCAGGUGGCUCCUGCCGCUCACCAUCCCAGUGUGCUGCGUCGUGUGGAUGCUCCUCGUCUUCUCGCCUCCGACGCCCGAGCUCGAUGCGGGCCACCGCCAGAGUUUCCACCCGUCUGAUCAACGAUUGGCGAGGGCGCAGAAGAAGCCGGCAGCCGUGGCCGACAGGUGCGCCGCCCGGUACAUCUACGUCCAGGACCUGCCAAGCCGGUUCAACGCCGACCUACUCCGCGACUGCCGGUCACUAUCGGAGUGGACGGACAUGUGCAGGCACGUCGCCAACGCCGGCAUGGGCCCGCGGCUGACGCGCACCGGCGGCGUGCUCCCGCCCACGGGCUGGUACGACACGAACCAGUUCACCCUCGAGGUCAUCUUCCACAACCGGAUGCGGCAGUACGGCUGCCUCACCACCGACGCCUCCCGCGCCGCCGCCGUCUACGUGCCCUACUACGCGGGGCUCGACGUCGGCCGGCACCUGUGGGGGUUCAGCAACGACGUGCGAGACGCCCUCGCCGAGGACCUCGUUGGCUGGCUCCGGUCGUCGCCCGCGUGGGCGGCGCACGGCGGGCGUGACCACUUCCUCGUCGGCGGCCGCAUCGCGUGGGACUUCCAGCGCGAGGACGGCGGCGAGUGGGGCAGCCACCUGCUGUUCCUCCCGGAGGCGAGGAACAUGACGGCGCUCGUGCUCGAGUCCGGCCCGUGGCACGUGGGCGACGUGGGCGUGCCGUACCCGACCUACCUCCACCCGUCGCGCGCCGCCGAGGGCAGCAGCGGCACCCUGCGCGACAGCGUGAUCGACCAGUGCGCGCGGUCCCGGCGGUGCGGGCUCCUGCAGUGCGGCCGCGGGCGGCGCAGGGACUGCUACGCCCCCGGCAACGUCAUGCACCAUCUCAAGAGCGCGGCCUUCUGCCUGCAGCCGCCGGGGGACUCGUACACGCGGCGGUCGGCGUUCGACGCCAUGCUCGCCGGCUGCGUGCCGGUGUUCUUCCACCCGGGCUCAGCUUACACGCAGUACAGGUGGCACCUGCCGGCCGACCACACCAGGUACUCCGUGUUCGUGCCGGGGGACAGCGUGCGCAACGGCACCGUGCGCGUGGAGGACGCGCUCCGGCGGUUCGGCCCGGCAGAAGUGGCGGCGAUGAGGGAGCAGGUGAUCCAGAUGAUACCCGGCAUCGUGUACAGGGACCCGAGGGCUCCCUCCACGGGUGUGCAGUUCAGGGACGCCUUUGAUGUGGCCAUCGAUGGCUUAAUCAGGAGGGUCAACAGUAUAAAGCGGGGGCUGCCUCCACGGCCGGACGACGAUGACCUGCGCCGGUGGGAUGGCUAUUUUGACAUGCGGUGA